GAAAUGCGUACCUUGUGUGCUCUAAGUUUGAUCGCCUUUAUGGGCAUAACCCUAAUAUCUACAAAGCCAUUGGAUAAAUCUAGCAAACCGAAAGUUUCAAGGCCACUAAAUCAAGCGGAUUUGGAUAAAAUGCUAAAAAACUUGCAGUUGCUUGAAAAAUUAGCCAAUGAAACUUAUUAUUCACCAGAUCCCACCACAAAGGAGACAUAUUUAACGCAAGGUCAAACGGCGGAGGAAACUAAUGAACCAACUGGAGAGGAAACCAAGGAACCCACUGCAGAGGAAACUCAAACUGGAGAAGAUGGCGAGUUCUUCGAAGAUGAAGAGGAGGAAGAUGAGGCGACUGUGGAUAAACCAACUGAUGCCAUACCAGUUAAUUUUCUAAAAUAUCCCGAGUAUGAAGAAGAUUUCAAGGCUUAUCCAAGAUUUGCAAUCCUUCGAAAUGGCUAUGUGCAUCACAUGAACUUGGACUUUUAGCGUAUUUCAUCACAAGAUAAAUGUUAAUGACGUGUUCUCAAGAACAAUGCCAGUUUAUGUCGAUAGAUGGGGAAAUUCCGACUACAG